UCCAAGAAUCACCCAACCGUUUAAGCCAGCACACCAAAAUACAGCAUGGAGAUAGCCAUACAUUUUAAACAGUUUGUUUGUUGUCGUUUCACUUAAUCACUGCUGAAAUAAAACCACCCAUAAAAAUUAAAUCGAUGAUGUGAAAUCAAACCAAAUGGCAUGAACACAUUAUUUAGCCAUUUACCUACAUUACCAUCACGAAUCAAUAUUUAUUUAUCUUGAUAUAAGCAAUAUUAAUACAUGCACAUGAUGUGUUUGGGGCAACAGUAGACCUGCUUCAAAAUUACAUUUAACUUCUCGAUGAUUACCCAAAAGUUUCUGCAAAUCUAAACUAUAUCUGUUUGCGGUUUGGUCUUUUUGUUUCAUGGUGUUUGCUACUAGGAGUCACCAUCUUGAAACACAGUUGUUCGUCUUAUCCAUGUAACACAGGGUUCAACUAUUACAAAAUUUUGGGCGAAAUUUAGAGCGAAAUUUUGGGGACGUUAAGCACAAUUUUAAUUGGUACUUUUUCGCUGAAAAAUUGAUCAUUUACCGGCAAUUUGUAGUGUUUUUCCUUCCUAAUUCGUCACUUUUACAUCCUUAUUUUUGUUUAUAUUGACUCUUUUUGAGUUCAAAUAAAUCACCUAUUUUGGUACUAUUCAAAACGGUAAUUUGGAGCUAAUAUUUAUUAGCAACGUUUUAAAGCCUAAGUUAGGCAUUUUUUUUAGUUUCCACUUAAAUUUCUCGCGUUCCGUCUAUUUUUACUUUUUCCUUUUUUACUCUUCAGAAUACAAUUUUCUACAGUUCUUUUUAAAGUCCGUCUUUUUCUUCUUUGUUGGUCAGUAUAGAAUGCCAAGUUGUUUCAAUUAACGCCUUCUUCUAACUUCUCCCGCCUAUUCUACCCUUGAAUGCUUUGUUUUAUCCACCGGCUUUCCCGACCAGCACAGUCUUCUCUUAAAUCAAAAGUGGACUACUGAAUCAACUUUCCUUGCUCUUAAUUGCCACCUCAGACAGUAUUUUAUUACACGCCAGUUGUGACUGAAAUGAAACCUUGGUGGCGAAAUAAGGAAACGGAGGAGAAUCGAACUCUAUACAUUAAUGACAUAGACGCAAACAAACGGAAAAAAUUUGCACGGAACGUGAUCAAGACGACCAAGUACAAUGCAUUCACGUUUCUGCCCAUCAACCUGUUUGAACAGUUCAAACGAGUGGCAAAUGUCUACUUCCUUAUUCUUCUCAUUAUGCAGCUGCUGCCAAUCAACUUGUCCUCCAUCUCUGCUGUGACCACAAUUGUGCCGCUGGUGGUGGUGUUGGCCGUCACUGCUGUCAAGGACGCCAUCGAUGACAUAAGGCGCAAGAGGAAUGACUCCAAAGUGAACAAUCGCAGCACUACUUUGGUGGAGGGCGGAGUGACACAGUCAGUGAAGUGGAAGAAGGUGAAGGUGGGGGACAUCAUCAAACUGGAGAACGACGAAUUCGUACCAGCGGACAUGAUGAUCUUGAGUUCGAGUGAGCCCCACGCAGUCUGUUUCAUCGAGACAGCCGAGUUGGACGGGGAGACGAAUCUGAAGAUGAGACAGGGACUAAAGGAGACCGAACAUGUCACCGACACUCACAUGCUCAACAAAAUACAAGGAAAGAUAGUGUGUGAGAAGCCGAACAACAACCUGAAUGACUUCCAGGGUGAACUGCAUCUACAACUGCCAUCCAGGGACCAUGCGGAUGUGUUGCAACUAACUAACAAUAACAUCCUUCUGCGUGGUUGUCGAAUGAGGAACACCCCGUGGGUGUGUGGGGUGGUGGUGUUCUCGGGUAAGGAGACCAAACUGGUGCAGAACUCUGGCAAAGUGGCCUUCAAGAGGACACAUCUGGACAAACUACUCAAUAUUCUAGUUCUAACGAUCUUCGCCUUCCUGUUCCUGCUCUGUCUGAUAGCGAGUGGGUGUGCCGCCCUGUGGGAGCAGAAUGUGGGUCAGAGUAGUGGCGCCUACUUAGCCCCAGUGGUGAUCAUGGACAGAGUCUACAAUGUACACCCGGCUGCUUACAUGGGACUCUCAUUCAUAGCUUACGUCAUACUCCUCAAUACUGUCGUGCCUAUCUCACUUUAUGUAACAGUGGAGGUUAUCAGACUGGGUCUGAGUCUGUUCAUAGACUGGGACCAGAAGAUGUGGUACUACGAGGCAGGAUCCACCGCCUCCUCUGGGGGACCCAGGAAGGCCAAGGCACGCACCACCACACUCAACGAGGAGCUAGGACAGGUGAAGUAUGUGUUCUCUGACAAGACGGGCACUCUGACCCAGAACAAGAUGGUGUUCAAGAUGUGUUCUGUGGGUGGCAGUGUCUUCGGACAGAGUCCACACCUUCAACAGUCAGACACGGAGUUCACUAAGGUAGAGUACAUAGACGAUGAGUCUCGACUGACCAGUUCAGUGGGCACGAGUACUAACCAAUCACAGCUGAGCAGUUUAUGUCUGCCAGAACACAGAUUCCAGCAGAAGAGCGAGGACACCGACUUCAGAUGGAGAGACAGAUCUCUGGCUAGUAAAAUUGAGUCAGAAGACGAAGUAGUCAAGGAGUUCUUCACUUCACUAGCCCUAUGCCACACAGUGCUACCGGAAGCAGACACAGAUUCAGACCAGAAGAUCAUCCCUGGAUCCCUCAAGUACCAGGCACAGAGUCCGGAUGAGGCAGCCCUGCUGACUGCUGCCAGGGCAUUUGGGUUCACCUUCACCGCCCGCACUCCCGAAGAGAUGGAAGUGUGUGUGAAGGACGAAGUGGAGUUCUACCAACUGCUGGCUUUUGUGGACUUCAACAACGACCGGAAGAGGAUGUCGGUAGUUGUGCGUGGUCCCUUCAAACCAGAUGAGGAUGUAGAGAAGGAGCAGAAGAAUAAAGCAAUCACACUGUACUGCAAAGGAGCGGACAACCUCAUCUUCGACAGACUAGCCCCUGGACAACAGUUCCUCAAGGACCUCACAGACAAACAUCUGGAGAUGUUUGCGAGUGAGGGUCUGCGUACUCUGGUGGUUGCUAAGAAACCCAUUGAGCACAAGUUCCUGGAGGACUGGCUAAAGAGAUACGACAGGGCCAACAAGUCACCAUACAACGACGAUGCAAUAGAGGAGUUGGAAGAAGAGUUGGAAGGAGGGAUGGUGUUGUUGGGGGCCACUGCGAUUGAGGAUAAAUUGCAGGACCACGUGGCAGAAACCAUAGAAGCCAUACAUCAGGCACACAUUAAACUAUGGGUGCUCACAGGGGACAAACUGGAGACUGCUAUGAACAUAGGCUACUCGUGCAAGAUGUUGCAGAAUGAGGAUGAGAUGGAGGUGUGUGUGAUAGACAGUGAUGACCCCUCUGUCAUCACAGAAGAACUGCUCAGAAUAGAACAACUCCUACUCGACAGGGACAGACAAGAGACCAUGUUACAUGACAACACAGACAGAGGACAUAAGGACCCCAAUGCAGUGUCCAGAAUACAGAGGGGGGCCAGUGAGGAUGGAGGAGGGGAAGGGGGAGGGGGAGUGAGCAGUCAGGACUUGGGGGGAGGGAGUAACAAGAAUAGGGCUUACGCUGUCAUCAUAACAGGAGCAGCACUGAUGGUGAUUGAGCAAUUGUCUGAGAAGAAGGGCAAGAAACACGCCACUGACAACUGGGAACACAAGGCCACUCUCAAGGAAGUCUUCUUGGAUGUCGGAUGCAAGUGCCACACUGUCAUAUGCAGUCGAGUCACCCCUGGACAAAAGGCUCUGAUUGUGGAGUGGGUGAAAGAGAGGGAGAAUGCCAUCACCCUGUCCAUAGGGGAUGGGGCCAACGAUGUGUCCAUGAUCAAGAAGGCACACAUAGGAGUGGGCGUGGAGGGCAACGAGGGAAUGCAGGCGGUGCUCAACAGUGACUACAGCAUAGCCCAGUUCCACUAUCUGAAGAGACUGCUGCUGCUGCAUGGCCACUGGUCCUACCACAGGAUGUCCUUCUUCCUCCGAUACUUCUUCUACAAGAACUUCGCCUUCUCACUCCUUCAGUUCUGGUUUGCCAUGUAUUGUGGCUUCUCUGCCCAGAGUGUCUAUGAUGGAGUAUUUAUCACCUUGUACAAUAUGCUCUACACUGCUCUGCCUGUAAUUGCCAUAGGACUAUUCGACAAGGACGUGGGUUCCAAGUACUGCAUGACGUUCCCCCAGAUAUACUGUGUGGGCCAGGAGGACAAACUGUUCAACAAGUUCGUCUUCUUCCAGAGUGUCCUCCACGGCACCUGGCACUCCAUCGUCGUCUUCUUCGUCACUGUGGGACUAUACAGUAACUAUACUGACAGUGCGGGACUGGACCACAGCGACUACUACUCAUUCAUUGCCGCCAUACAGAGCAAUCUGGUGCUGGUUGUCAAUUUGCAGGCCAUUCUGGACACUAAGAAUUGGACUGUUGUGAAUAACGUGUUCAUCUGGGGCUCAGUGGCCUCCUUCUUCAUUGUCCAGCUAAUCUGUGGACUGCCCCAAUUUGCUGACUCAUUCAUUUACGACUGGUUCGGCCAGUCGGGCAGUCUGCUUGCAGUGCUGUUGACAGCCAACUACUGGUUCACUGCCCUCCUCACAGUAGCCCUCUGCAUACUCCCAGUUGUCGCCCUCAGAACUGUCGAGAUUGACCUCCGCCCAUCCUACAUUGACCUGAUGCGCAUCAUUUCCAAGAAGAAGCGAGCGAUCACUCGGCAGUCUGGCAUAUCGGACAGGAGAUCUGCGAGGCCAGUGAGCAGACGGAGACGCACCUCCUCUUACGCAUUCUCCCACUCGGAAGGCUUCGGGAAGAUGGUGUCCAAGGGGUCUUACCUGGAGGAUCCCAAGGAGUACGACAGUUCCAGAGUGCACAUCGGCAGCAGAGGCAGAAGUGCCAGUAGGGUACUACCCACUCAUCAGGCAAUUGACGAAGAUGAAUCAUUUGAAAUGAGUGGCGGCCAAAAUCAGAAGCCGAAGCGAGAAAGCCGAGAGCAGAGUCAAAACAGCAGCGAAUCUCGGAGUCGUAACAAAUCCGAGGACGAGAGAGGAGACGAGCUGGGCCAGCCAAAAACGAGGGAUAAAUCGGCCGAAAAUUCUAGAAGGAAAACAAGUAGAGAGAGACGACGGAGCUCUUCAAGCGAAAGUGCAGUGCGGACAUUAGAAGAUAAAAAUUAGUGCUGUCAUUAUUUUAUCAUUUUGUGUCAUUACCAUUUAUCAUUUAGAAUUCCAUUAAUUUAAUAUUUGAAACGA